ACUGAAACAGGUCUUCGCAAUUUUAAACGGAUUUCGUCUUUAUUCUUGAUUUUUUUCGGCUCAAAUUCGGUUGCAGUUUUUAUUUUAUGACUAAAGUAUCCAAAUUUGUGUUUUUUUCUUGGAGAUUUUAGUUUAUCUUACGGUCUUCUGCUCAUUUGCUUUGUUUCAGGUCUGAAGCGAAGUGAAGAUCUCGAAGCGUCGAGGAUUUUUUUCAACUGUGUAUGAAGAUCAUACCCCCCAAACCAAACAUUUUUUCAGCUCGAGUAACGGACAUUUGAUUACUGCAACUUCUGUUUUUUUUUUUUGCUCCAAGAAGGAAAAGCUAGAAUUCUAGCCACCAUAAUCCCGCCCAUAAGUCCGUUUUUCUUCCAGCCAUAAUGAUAUUAGUCAUGACAGUCGAGUUUGUCUAAAACUGUUGUGAAAAUUGUUGCUGUUUAAAGCACAAUAAUAAUUAAUAGCUACACGAGACGCAGAGGAGUUAUAAAUAGCAAUAAUGGCAGUGGGCCCAGUGGACCCCAGGGAGGUGCUGAAAGGAGUGGAGUCUCUGUUGGGCAAAGAUGGAGAGCUCCGGAGCUUGGAGGGCGUUGCCAAAGUAUUCAGCCUCAUGAAGGCCUCCCAUAAAAUGGUCAGUCGAUGCAUGUACCUCAACAUCUUGCUGCAGACCAAGUCACACGACAUUCUAAACAGAUUUAUCCGUGUCGGAGGCUACAAGCUGCUGAACUCGUGGCUGACUUACUCCAAGACGACCAACAAUACACCGAUGCUGCAGCUCAUUCUGCUUACUUUGCAAAAACUGCCCCUUACUGUGGACCAUCUCAAACAGAACAAUACAGCAAAGCUGGUGAAGCAUCUGAGCAAGAGUGGUGAAACGGAAGAGUUGAGGAAGCUUGCUUUAGUACUUGUGGAUGGUUGGAUGGCCAUUAUCCGGUCUCAGAGCGUCUCCAGUGGAGUCUCUCCCAAUGACAAGAAACGGAAGAAGGAAGAGGUUAAAGUACGUCCCGAAGCCAAGGCCGCAGAAAAAGGGACAGACGAGGAAAAGAAGAAAGAGAAACCAAAAGCCCAUGCACCCAGUCAUGCCAAGAUCCGCUCCACAGGUUUGGAGAUAGAGAGCCCUACACCAGUUCCUGCCAAGAAAGCCCUUCCUAUUCCCCAGCUUGGAGACAAAUACAACAUUAAGCCUGCUGUUCUGAAGAGGCCCAGCUCUGCUGCGUCAGAUGCGCCCCCUGUUGAGAAGAAGUACAAGCCUCUGAACAUAACUCCCAACACGACCAAAGACAUAAAAGUCAAGCUCAUUCCUGCACAACCUAUGGAAUGCCCAGGCUUUCUGGAUGCUCUUAAUUCUGCUCCAGUGCCCGGCAUCAAGAUCAAGAAGAAGAAACCUAAAGUAGCUUCUCCUACAUCUAAUAAGCCAUGUCUAUUUGAGAGCAAGCCUCAGGCGUACUCGAGCACGCACGCCAAGCCGGCAUCCCCCGAGGCUCCCGCAUCUCAGACUCCUCCACAUGAGCCUCAAGACGGGGAGCCGCCAGGGACACCCGUGCCUGCCGAGGACCCAGAGCCUAUGGACACCGAUAAACCCAAUGCUCUCGCAGAGCCACGAGAAGAGGAAGAAAGCCUGACGAAGAAAGGCAAGAAAAAGAAGAGCGUCCGCUGGGCCGAGGAAGAACAGCUCAAGGAAUACUUCUACUUCGACCUGGACGAGACGGAAAGAGUUAACGUCAACAAAAUCAAAGACUUUGGCGAGGCAGCCAAGCGGGAGCUAAUGAUGGACAGGCACACGUUCGAGAUGUCCCGCCAGCUCUCACACGACACCAUGGAGGAGAGAGUGCCGUGGGCGUCCCUACGACCUCUCACCCUUACAGGCUGUCUGGUUAUUUCGGGUUCCAACAGUACCGAGAAGCUGACCCAGAGGGACCGAGAGAUGGGCAUCCUUCAGGAGAUCUUUCUCAGCAAGGAGAGUGUCCCGGAUUGCCCCCAUGAGCCGGAUCCAGAGUCCUAUGAGCCUAUGCCACCUCGUCUCAUUCCUCUGGAUGAGGAUAGCACCACGGUGGACGACAGCGACAUGGAAACCGAGACAUCUUCAUCGGGCCCUGCUUCUUCAGCUCAGGAGGGCUCCAAACUGCCCCCUGUCCUUGCAAAUCUCAUGGGUAACCUGAACAGCAAUCGGAGCCCCCAGAAUCAGGGCAGCACCCCUCCUCCCGCUAACAACCCAGCCGUCAAUGUCCAAGAACUUCUCAGCUCCAUCAUGGGAGCGCAGGGUGCCAACCAGUCAGCAGAGGACCUGAUUAAGCAGCCUGACUUUUCUGACAAGAUCAAACAGCUUCUGGGUUCGCUGCAGCAGAACCAGAACCAGAAUCAGAACCAGAACCAGCAGGGCAACGGUCCUCCAAUGAACCCAGGUAUGCAUGGCCAGGGUCCAGGGAUGAACAUGCAGAUGCCCAUGAACGGCGGCUUCCCACCGAACAAGCCACCCGUCGGUCCUCAUUUCGGCCACCCGCCGCCUCCCCCUCCCCACGGGCACGGACCCCCCUUCGGCGGAGGGCCGCGUAUGAUGGGACCUCCUCCUGGUCCUCAGGGCAGGGGAGGGGACAACGGAAACUACUGGGGAGACGACCCCAUGAGGGGAGGGCCGCACCGGGGCGGGCACUUUCACCGCGGCCGAGGAAGAGGCGCGGGAGGAGAUCAAGGUUUCAGAGGACGAGGUGGGAGAGGGGGACCACGAGGGGGACUCAACAACAUGGGGGACAUGUCAAAACGGCCUGUGUGUCGCCAUUUCAUGAUGAAAGGAAACUGCAGAUACGAGAGCAACUGUGCGUUCUACCAUCCUGGGGUAAACGGGCCCCCUCUGCCCCCUCAGCACGGGCAUUAACUUUUGGCUCGGACCUGUUUGUACUGUAACGAUCCACAGGGAGGCAGUAGAUCUCCUAAUGAGCCUCAGAACAAGAAGGAACGGUGAUUCCACAUCUGUGUUUAGAGCAGCCUGAUCAAAAACCCAGACCUCAACACUUGCUGGUCUUUAUGGAAACGGCAAACUGUAAAUACACACAUACUGGAAGAACCAGAAAUAACACAGACUUCUUCCUGAAAUUGAGAUGUAGAUAUUCUAUAUUUUUGCCAUUAUGUGUGUGUGCUACACCGAUUUAAGACUGUGCUCACACACCUUGUAACCACUAUUACUGCUUAUUGUGUCUUUGCACUGGUAUACAUGAGAUGGAUUAUUUUUCAGUGGUACUUUAUCCCUUUUGAUACUCUAUGAAGUGUUUGGCACUACAAACCCUCAAGAUGAAUGUGUUGCCAGAAGGUCUGACCAGAUGUUUUUAUGAACUGGAAGAGGAGAACGUGAUGCUUCUCCGAUUUAUGACGCAGGCUGUGUUUCUUUUGAAUUAAAAGUCAGCUUGCCUCGCUGAUAUAAAGUGGGGGUUCAUUCACUGUGGUAUACUGUCACAUCACCGGUUCUACUACUACCAAAAAACUAUCGAGCCUGCACUAUCCUGCCUGUAGUGUUAUUAGAGAGAUGAUUAUCCACUACUGAAUUCAAAUGCAGAAUUAUCAUAUACGUGAUUAUUAUCAUUAUUUUUUUUUUUUACUUUUGAACAUGGCUGAACGUUUUGCCUUGGACGUACAUACACUAUAUGGUCAAAAGUAUGUGGACACAUAACGGUUAGCCAGCUGGUCAUCCCGUUCCAAAACCGUGGGCAAAAGUAUUGCAUUGGCUCCCACUCUGCGGAUUUCUAAAACUCUGUUCCGAGAAGGCUUUUUAUUACAUUUUGAAAUGUGCCUGUAGGAAUUUGUGACCAUCUGCGAGGUCAAGCAUUAAUGCUGGCCUCCCAUGAUGUUCUGAUUUCUUUUUAGCGUGUUUAGGCGUGUUGAGGUCAGCCACCGAAGAUCCUUUACACCGAAACAUGUGUUUCCUCAAGCCGUCGCGCAAAAUUGGCAGCGUAAAAUACAUUUUCUGUCACAAAUUCUUAUUUACCACUUGGUCGGGAGCUAUCUAUGAAUGAAACGUGAACUCCGAGGGCUGCCCACAUACUUCUGGCCAUCUAUGUAUUUAUGUGUGACAAUCAAGAUGAUUAGACGGUCAUUUCCCAGCCAGUGUUCAUGCUGUCAUUUCAUAAAACUGUGUGUACACGUCCAUACAGUCGAGCUCUAAUUUAUUCUGUAUUUUCUGCAUCUGGCAAUGCUGAACUGAGCCCAGCGGCGCUCAGAAACCACUCUGGGUCAACAUUAUUCAACAUGUUUUCUGUGAAAACAGUGGCCUUUGUGUCUCUUGUGGGACUAAUUUUUUUGCUUUUUGAUAGUUUAAAUAUUUUUGCCUCUAUCCGUAUGAGGUGUAUUUGUUUGAGUCUAGUGUAUAUUAAAAUCUGUACAUUUCUUUUCUACGUGUAUUAAUAAAUGUUAUAAAAUUA